CCAAAACCCUGACUUCCACGGUCAUGGUGUUUAAGCCACUGAUUCCUGAACAGUCUGUUAGUCAUUAACCAACAUUUUCUGAGUCCCCAUUGGCCGUCUUGAAAGCCGCAAACAAUUGUACAAGUCCCUAUGAAUCCACUUGUUCGAUUAACCAUGGUAUACUUAGUAAUCCUAGGAUACAUCCUACCAUAUAAACCUUCCUUCAUGCAGGAAUGAUGGUGAAUACCGAUAUAGUAGAUGUGUCAAAGUACUCGUCAUGGACAACCCUUGGAAUCUAACUUCCGCUGCACAGCUCGGCACUGUGAAGAUACAUCAACUCAGACAGCUGCGCUUUACAAGCUUGCAAGGAAAGCUUAAGACACACUCAGUUGACCAGGGCAAUAUCAACCGUCUUAAGCAUCGAUUUAAGAAAGAGGGCUGUCAGCGCUCAGCUCCGCCAAAUUAUAUCAACGCAUUGGUGUCAAGGGACCAGUACCGCGAAAUUCUUACAAUGAAUUCUCUUUCAGCCAUUGGCUCGGAUAUUCCUGCCAUCAUAUUAGCUCCAAACUGCUUCUUGGACUGUACAAGAGGGAGACAUCGAAUCGCAGCAGCAAGUUCAUGGUUGCCACCAGAUGAUAUUUGGUGGAAUGUGACCCUGUAUGAUAACUCAAAACUUGAUGAUAAAGCGAGGAGGAUUUUAUAUGAGUUUAGAGACAGCUCACGAGUCUUAUCUGACGGAGAGAUAUUCUUCAAUGUCCGCUACUACCAGAAAUGUCAAAAUGAUGCUGCUGCCGGGGAGUGGCUAGCAAAAUGGUCACCAACUAAAUGUCGAGACUUCCGUCAGAUCUACAGAGACAAAGGAUCGCCUUAUAAACGAUUCCAGAAAAGUCUAGACAAACUUCUUGAUUUCCCUGGCAUAUGGCAACCCUGGUUAAUGGGUACCCAUCUCCUGAGUAUGCAAUGUCCUGAGGAACUCUCUAAUUAUUUGGAUCAUAUCUAUCGGUCAUUGCAUGUUUUGACAUGCGGACACCAUAGUGAUCUUGAUUUAGAGACAAUUCAACUUCUUGAAGGAAGAUGCCCUCAAUGGUCCGACGGUGAUUGUUGGUAUAUAAAUGAAAUAUUCAACAAUGGGAGAGCAUUUUCCCAUAUUACAGAUGCUCAGGCUCGAUCUCAAUUACACCAGGCAGCCCUCGCUUUUAAGGGCAUUGUUCCCUCGCUCAAAACCUUCCUAGAAAAUACCAAGUACAUUAAGCCCGUAAUGCAGGUUAUGAAAAAGUUCCUUCCAUCAAAUUUUGCGGGCACCAUUCAAGAAGCAAUGAGGGCAUGUUACAUUGCUUCUAGUGAAGAUCCACUGCCGAUCCAAAUAACAGAGAACGAUUUUGCCUAUAAUCCAGUGGAGGAUAGAAGUACAAGAUUCUGGUCAGCAUACCGUCAAAUGUUCUUAUUCGCCACCCGCAAUUUCUACGGGCUUUCAGAGCAUCGGCCAAUUGGCAUCCACAAGCAUUCCCGGAAGCCAGCAGACUACCACGAAUUAUGGGCUCGGUUCAAAGACCUUGCUAACAAAGUUGGCUUUCAGGUCGCUAGAGUGUUGAAUGGUAUUGGCAGGAAACCAGUAGCACUGUCCCGUCCAUACCAUAGCACAGACUCCCGUACACCGUGGUCAAUCGAGAGACGAUGCGGGAUGACCGAUGCUGAUUCCUAUUUUGCUGAUCAGAAAUACCUCUUCCUGAAUCAGAUUUAUACUUUACAAAACGACGAGAGACGUGAACAUCCGACAGACUUUGAAGUGAAACGUGACAUGUUUAUUGCUUUUUUCCCG